AUGCAGUACGCUUCUCCCAUCUAUCUUAAAAGAUCACCGUAUCGUCUUUAUCGACCGUAUCAGUUUGAAAUUCAACGAACAACAAUUCCUAACAAUUCAGCAGUGCUUCAUCGUACACCAAAUCUUGAUAUCUUAUCAGAAAUUAAUCGACGAUCUAGACGACUCGAACCGUUUUGCGACCAACAAAAAGUAUCACACAAAUCGCUAUCGCAUCACUUGUCGCAACAUUAA